UUAAAGGGGUCUUUGAAGAAUAUGACCAAGACCAAAGGCAGGCGUGAUAAUUCUGAAAAUAAAAUUGUUCAAAGAAAAGCGCUGUCAGAUCUUAGCAAUCUUACUUCUUUGGUUUCUUCCACUAAGGUUUAUGAUGGCUCUAAAUCAACGAAGAAUCAUAGAAGUGCCUUGAUUGAACGGGUUUCAGUGGCUUUAGUUGCAAAAACUGUAAAUGUCUCAUCCGGAAGAUCUUUCAAGGGAAAAGAGAGGGACCAUCCUAAUCGAGGUGCUAUCGGCGUUCAUUCUUCAAAGACAGAAAGUAUUAUAGAUCCGAAGACUUACUUGAGUGUCCAAAGUGUUACAACCCAGAAUUCAGAUCGUAAAUCUGUUGUUACUACUGGCAGGACAACCAGGAAUCCACUUCCACCAACAAGGAAGUCUUUACCGGUGUUGAAGGAGGAAAAAGCUACAGAAGCUAUCAGGAUUACGAGUAAGACUAAAGUUUGUAAAACUGCUUCAAAGCAAGCAAGCAAUGCAAGGAACCAUCUCUCAAGGAAUAGAGAGAGUGAUAGCUUUGUAAUAACGGCUACUAAAAGUCGAACUAAUUCUGCUGCUCAUAACUUGCCAAGAUCUUUCAAGCCUAUUGUUAAGACUGCACUCAGGCCUUCUAAUUCUCAAAGAGCGUCAAAAUCAAAGUGUUCUUCAGGUUUGGGAAAACCAGUAUCUGCUGCUGCAAUCACAUCCAAGAAAGACAAAGGAUGUACUCUUCUGGAAGAUAAUUUAGCAACAAUUUCCAGUGAAGCCAGCCAAAGGGAUCAUACUUCUAAUGGCGAUAGUGAUGCUAGCAUCAACAAGCCUGGUUCCCUUGCUAAGAAGAAAGCCAGACGUAUAUCUUAUACAUCCUUACUGAUGUCAGGAUCAAAGCUAUUAGAAGGUAUUGUUGGUGUCAAAGAAGAAGAAAAGUUAAUUGGCAUUGAUAAUGAUGACAAUCCGUUGGAAGUUUCUCAAUACGUAGAUGAAAUUUAUGAGUACUAUUGGAUAAGUGAGGCUAUGAAUCCAUCUCUGGAAAAUUACAUGUCAAAGCAGACAGAUAUUACCCCUCAUAUGAGAGGCAUAUUGAUCAACUGGCUGAUUGAGGUGCACCUUAAAUUUGAUUUAAUGCAAGAAACACUCUAUCUCAUGGUCAGUUUGUUGGAUCGAUAUCUCUCAGAGGUCCAAAUAAAGAAGAAUGAGAUGCAGCUGGUUGGUCUUACUGCUCUUUUGUUGGCAUCGAAAUAUGAGGAUUUUUGGCAUCCUAGGGUGAAAGAUUUAAUCAGUGUAUCUGCUGAGGCUUACACUAGUGAACAAAUGCUCAAGAUGGAGAAGCUUGUCCUUAAAAGCUUGAAGUUUCGCCUAAAUGUGCCUACUCCAUAUGUCUUCAUGUUAAGGUUCAUCAAGGCUGCUCAAUCAGACACCAAGUUUGAACAUCUAGCCUUCUACCUCAUAGAGCUCUGCUUGGUUGAAUAUGAAGCUUUGAAACUCAAGCCCUCCUUGCUAUGUGCAUCAGCUAUCUAUCUUGCUCGGUGUACCCUGCAGAUGUCUCCCUAUUGGACACCGUUGCUUUGCAAACACACGCGUUAUGAUGUGGUGGAAAUCAGGGAGUGUGCAGAAAUGAUUUUAAGAUUCCAAAGAGCUGUAAAUUUGGGGCAAUUGAAGGUCACAUUCGAAAAGUAUACGAGUAAGGAGCUCAGCGGAGUUGCGGCGAUCACACCCUUGGAUAGACUUCCUUGAACUUGAUUUUAGUUGCACGAGUUCAGUUUUAGAAUGUUAAUAAAAAUACAAUUGUGACAGAAAUA